ACACCGGCGGCUCUGACCCCCCGUCUCCCCGCAGACCCGCACUCGCUGCGCUAUUUCUACACGGGGGUGUCGGAGCCCGGCCCGGGGCUGCCCGAGUUCAUCACAGUCGGGUCUGUGGACGAUCAGCCCAUCGAUCACUACGACAGCGAGCGGGGCAGCGCGGUGCCACGCGCGGAGUGGAUGGCGCGGAACCUGGACGCGCAGUACUGGGACCAGAACACGCAGAUCUCCCAGGGCGCGCAGGCCGUGUUCCGGGUGGACCUGAACACCCUCACCUACAACCAGAGCGCGGGAUUUCACACUCUCCAAGUGAUGUACGGCUGUGAUCUCCGGGGUGACGGCUCCAAAGGGGGUUUUUACCAGUAUGCGUAUGAUGGGCAAGACUUCGUCAGCUUCGAUAAGGACCAGGAGACCUGGGUAGCGGCAGAUGACGCAGCUCAGAUCACCAAACACAAAUGGGAUGCUGACAGGAGCAUCGCUCAGGGACUGAGAGCCUACCUGGAGGGGACCUGCAUCGAGUGGCUGGGGAAGUACCUGGAGUACGGGAAGGAGACGCUGCAGAGGAGAGAACCACCACGGGUGCACGUGAGCGACCAGCCGAGCUGGGAUGGGCUCACCACCCUCUCCUGCCGGGUCCACGGCUUCUACCCGCGGAACGUGGCCGUCGUGUGGCUGAAGAAGGGGGUGGCCGUGCCAUGGGAGACGCUCCAGUGGGGGGUGGUUCCCAGUGGGGACGGGACUUACCAGACCCGGGCCACCAUCGAGAUCGACCCCAGCAGUGAGACCGAUUAUACCUGCUGUGUGGAGCACCCCAGCCUGGCGGAGGAUCUGAGAGUGCCCUGGGGUAAGGGGGGGACUGGCCUGGGAUGGGCAGAAGAAGUUUUUGGGAGGGUUAUGAAAUGGUUUUUUUCUUAAUUACUAUUAUUAUUAAGACUUUAUUAAUAUGACUUUAUUUUGUAUCAAAUGAACAAACAGAACUUCAUGAGUAAAGUUUUAUGAAUGAAACAGCGUUCGUUCAUAAAACCAGCUAUUGCAAUAACCGGCUAAAUGGCAAUAAAGCCGCUCGUUAAGUCCCUGCAGUUCCUGCUUAUUGAGAAAGUCCACAGCUGUUCGGUGCAAUUACCGUCCGCUUGCAGUUUCAGUUCAUUUGCUGCUUGGAUCGCUGGUCCUUGCUGUUCGGGUCACUGUUUUACCAUUGUAACCCCUGCUCACUGUUUGCCUCCCAACAUUGUAAAUUGUUCAUUACGCUUGUUUUGAUCAGGCUCCAUAUUGUAACUCAAACUCCACUUUGAAAUGCUCACUCGACUUUGCAAACCCUGCUGUACCCUUAUUAACUUAGUUCAGGUGUGUGAAUGAGGGAUGCAUGGAUGAUGGAAUCAACCUCCAGCCCCAGCCUGGCCUGAUAAAGUGAAGUGCAAACACCAAGGGCUGAAGAUGCAGACAACAGCCCUGACCAAGUGAAGAGCCCACCCCAAAAAGAGAAGAACAAAGGUACAACAGAAGGAAGAUCAAAGUCAGGUCCGAGGCUGAAAGUCACGUCUGCAAUGGACGGGGGAUGAAUCACCAAACCCAGAGGCAGCGUGACACAGCAAGACCCAGAGACUCCUGUUCAAACUAAAGCCGAUAAAAAGGACGGGGGAGAUGGGAGACUUUGGGUAAUGUUCUGCUAAGAACAUGGAAGGGCAUCAGUGCACACCCGACAGAGACCCAGCUCCUCCUUGUGCCCGGCUUUCCUGGCCAGUUACCACCACGAGCUGCGAAAUCAAGCCAAGGAGUCAAGCUACGUUCAGGACUGGUAAAUAUACAGCAGCUGCAGAACAUUUUGUCUGUCUGUCUCUGUCUCUGUGUGUGUGUGUGUGUACACGUACGUAUGUACGAAUUAGCUAUUAGCUGUUGAUUAUAAAUCAAAUUGUGUUCUCAUAAUAAACGUGGCAUCUUGCCUUCUCCCCUGAAAA